AUGGACGGUGGCAACAACCCGGCGCGCAAUCCCUUUGCGCACUUGAGCGCUGGUGCCAUCAAUCUCGCCUACGUGCACCGCGUUAUCAAAAACGAACUUGCCGUCAUCUUGGCUGAAGCUGGCCCUGAAAUUUCCCUGUACCUAGAUCCACCCAUUCUGGCCAAGAUCCAAAAGUUUAUGGGCGCUUCAGAGCUCAAGCAACGCGGUGUUGUAUCGUUUCAUCCCAUGGACCCCACGGUCCGAGAGCUGGUCGAGGGUUGUGCGCCCUCGGCCGUCUUCAUCGUGCGGCCCAUUCCCCGGAUCGUCGAGCAGAUUGCCAACAUCAUCAAAUCAGAAAGUCGGGGCAACCCGCCCGAAUUUACCGUCGUCUUUCUGCCCACCAAGUCCCUGGAAUGCGAAGAGCACCUUCGCCAAGAUGGCGUUCUUGGCAGCAUUAAGCGCAUUACCUCCUGGAAUGCCAAUCUCAUCCCCUUGGACGGCGACCUGCUGACCAUGGACGAGCCAAGUGCUUUUUACGACUUUCACGUCCAACAAGACGUGUCUCCACUCUUCAUGACGGCCAAGUCCAUCAUGAGCCUCCAGAUGAUUUAUGGACUCAUUCCCCGCGUCACUGCCUUUGGACCUGCCGGCAAACGGGUGGCAGGCAUCCUCAAGCGCCUCAAUCGCGAGCUAGAUCGCCCGCCGAUGGUGACGCCAGAAAUAUCCCAUGCUGUCAUCUUUGAUCGCUCGGUGGAUCUCGUAACCAUGAUGUGCACGCAAAUGACCUACGAAGGCGCGCUCGAUGAGCUCUACGGCAUCGAUCUCGGCGUUGCACAAGUACCGCGCCGGGUCUUUCCCGACGUGCCCACGGACAAGCGCACCAACCCCCUCUUCCGAGACGUGCGCGAUCAAGAAUGGAUGCGCGCCGCCUCUACCCUGGCCAAGCGGAUGAAAUCCUAUGCUACCGAAUCGGAAGACGCACGACGCAAUGUUCGCUCCAAUGAUCUGAAAAAGAUGCGACAAGUCUCUUCGCGACUCGCCUUUUUGCAGGCCGAGCAAGAAUCUAUCGCCAUUCAUGGGGCUCUGAUGCAAGAUGUCAAAGCCAACUUGGAUACGGAUGAAUUUGCCGAGCGCUGGCACCUUGAAAUGAGCAUGGUGCGCAGCGAGGUGGGCGACAAAUACCACGAGUUGAUUGAGCAAUACCUUUACGGCUUGGAUCCCACUUGCCGCUCCGAUGUCGACGCACCCCAGACGCUGCGCUCCGACUUUCACAAAACCAUGUUCCGCACCAUGCGCCUCAUGUGCUUGCAAUCACUGGUCAAUGGUGGGCUGAAAAAGACGCUCGAGCAAUACAAGCGCGAUUUCGUCAAUAUUUUUGGCUUCCGUCAUCUGCUGACGUUGGAAAAUCUUCUCCAGGCCGGCCUGCUCAAGCCCCAUACGGGCAAGACCUGGCCGCAACUUGCCAAAGCCUUCAAUUUGUACAUGGAGAACGUCGGAGAAGGGUUUGAUGACAUUAGCUUUAGCUACUGCGGUUAUUGCCCGCUGAGCACACGCCUCAUUGAUCUCAUGGCUCGGCAAGGCAAAGAAGCAGAACGAAGCAUGGGCGAGGCCCUCAAAUUGGCUUGCCCAGCCAGCCCGACCAUCCUGGACGAACAGCAGACCCUACCCGCGGGCUUGAAGCAACAAGAGCCUGUCGGGUCCACAUCGGCGGCCGGUGAGCGUGCCAACAAGCCCGUGACACUGGUCGUGUUUGUGGGUGGCUGCACCGUGGCUGAGCUGAGCACUCUGCGCUACUUGGGACAGCAACAUGAACGAGACUACGUUGUGCUGACGACAGACGUCACGACGGGCGAUCGCUUUUUGAGCCAGCUUGAUGGCCUGGAGGGCCGGGCCUAGCUAAGUAUUGGCUGUUUGCGACCGCCCGCCCCCUUCCAUUGCCUUUUUUUUUGUUGUGGCCCACUCGGCCGUGGCUUUGACUA